AUGGCAUCGUUGAGCAACACGACUACAUUUACAAAUGAAACUUCUAGAGAGUCAGACUGGGGGAUUUUGCAGUAUAAAGAAGCAACACCAUUGCGUGUAUUUCGUCUUUCUUGUUUGACGGUGAUCAUCAUAGCGGGUUCGAUCGGUAAUUCCGUAGUUUGUAAAGCAACAUGGAAGACGCCUCUUCGUCAUCCAUUUUUAUUUCAUCUCGUUGCCCACAUAGCGUUUGCUGAAAUCCUCAAUUGUCUUUGUUUACUGAUCGUGUUGAUUUGGCAAUAUGAAGGCGGAUACAGAGAUAGUAUCGUGCACGAUAUCUGGUGCGUUGCGAAUCCCAUCCAAGUUAUUUCAUUGAUGGUAGUAACUUUUUCGCUGGCAGCGCUCGCAUUCUACCGCUACCGAGUACAUAUCAACCCCAUCCAAAGCCAUGUAUCUGGGAAAUUGAAGACUGUGAUCUUUUCCUGUUUGUGGCUUGUCCCUACUGCUGUCUGCGUGCCCAUAUUCAUUCGAAACAGGUUCGUAGGUGGCCAUUGUAAAUUGCAUCCUGUUGGGAAUGUCUCUGCCUAUUCGCUCGUGUUAUUCACCCUGAGUUAUGUCCUACCCUACUUGGUCAUGCUAGCAUCUUACGGAGCUGUAGCAUGGAAGCUACGACAGCCAAAAGACCGAAAGCCGGCAGCUCAGACAUCGAUCAUCCCUUCUUCAGCUGUUGCAAUUGAACUUGUUACUCUUACAAACAACAGGGAAGAAGAGAAAACACUGCAGGAAGGAAAGCAAAGACGACAAGCGUUGGUUGAUGUAAAAAACCGUAGAGGUAUCAAACCAGAUGACGCAGAUGCUGAACAAGAUUUACUUAAGAUAAUUUACGCGAUUAUUCUUAUAUUUGUAGUUUGUUAUUUUCCUUAUCAAGCCGUGUUUUUGUGGGAAAGAUUAGCUGAUGUAAAUGAAUGGAAAUUUCGGUAUCACAGCCUCAUGAGGAGAUAUAGUUUUCUUUUAAUGUGUCUGCCAAGCGCUUUGCAUCCUUGGUGUUAUGGAGCAAUGAACAGCUUUUAUGCUAAAGCUUUCACAAAGGUUUUUUUUUGCUCCUAAGAUUUAGUUCUAAAAUCUUUGCUUAUAAUAUAGCAUUGAAUAGAUUGCGUUUAGAUUUUCUGAGGUUAGACAAGUCGAAGAGAAUUAAUACGGUUACGUCUUAGACAAAGAUGCAGAAAAAGAAGUCCCAUGUACAUGGCUGUAUAAACCCGCAUUUGUUUGUCGCAAUAUUGGUUUGAGUUAGUAUAAUAUCCAUGAACAAUUUACAUUUAAUGUCAAAUAUGUUUGAAGUCAAGCAGUCCAAGAUAUCAGUAUGAAAUAAAAGGCAGUCUAUGAUUGUAUGUGGCUACUGCUUCACUUUUGAAGGAUUUUGUAGUAAAAAUAUGCAAUUUUGCACAAUAA